UGUUUCUGCCCGGACUUGUGUGGCUUUUGUGACGCCACUUCCGGUGCGACGCCGUCUCCGGAGCGACCAUGGCGCUGAACGGCGCGGACGAGGCCGAGGCGCGGCGGGAGCGAAUGGACCGAGCGAGCCGGGCCAUGGGGGGGCUCCUGCUCCGGGGGUACCGAAUGUUGGGGAGCUCCUGCCCCAAAUGCGGGACCAUUCUGCUGCAGGACAAGGAGCAGCGGCUGCUCUGUGUGACCUGCCAGGACCCCGAGGGGCCCGGGGGGGGACACGGUACGCCCGAGCGCUGCGAGGGCGCGGCCGCCGCUUUCCGGGGGGCUCCCCCCGGUCCCUCCGAACCCCCCGGGACCGGAGCCGGGCUCGGAACCGGAGCUGGAACCGGGACGGGCGGGGCGGCCGCGCUGGGGGCGGCGCGGGAGGCGGUGCUGCAGAAACUGCUCUGGGCAGCGCAGGAGCUGCCGAGAACGGCCUCGGCCGAGGGCAGCGCCCAGCUCUGCCUGCUCGUCCGGGCUUGUGCCGAUGCCCUGGGGGGGCUGCAGGCUCUGGACCCUCCCCGUGGGGCGGCUCAGCCCCCCCCGACAUCGUGAGACCCCCCCCAAAAAUAAUUCCCGACCCCCCAUCCUGCUGGAGAGCCAUAAAUGCUGCCCGUGGUGGCCCCCCCCGAA